GAAAUAUUUUCCAUCAGGUGUCGCUGGUGCACUUAAUGGUAGCUUUGCAACAUAAACGUUACUCGUUGUUACAGUGAUGCCUUUGUCUCGGCUUAUAACGUUACCUGACGUUGAAGGCUAAUCGUUAACAGUAGCUAACGUUAGCUGUUACGUGGCCUGUACUUGUCCACGCUGGGUGACAGUCAGGGAGGUGGACAGCGGCUGCUCUGGAUGCUAGCUUACUACUGAUGUGUGCACACUGGACUGCAGGCUGUGUGCAGCUAGGUGACAUUGUUAAUAUUUUGUGUCAUAAGUCAAAUCUGCAGACAUGCCAGCAUCAUUGUUCCUCCGCUGAUUGAAAAUGUCAUUCCAGGGGUUUGUCAUGGCAUUGAAAAGGAGACGGGCGACAUCCCCCUCAAGCAGUGUGAGUGGAGGAGAUUUUGACGAUAGCCAAAGUUCAUCGUUAGUAUCUUCAAUUGGGAGAAAGAGGAGAAGGACCUCAAACAUACCAACUGUGGAUCCUAUUGCUGUAUGUCAUGAACUCUACAACACAAUCAGAGAUUACAAGGAUGACCAGGGCAGGAUGUUGUGUGAGCUGUUCAUCAGAGCUCCCAAACGAAGGAACCAACCAGACUAUUAUCAUGUGGUGUCUCAGCCUAUUGACAUGAUGAAGAUCCAGCAGAAAUUAAAGAUGGAGGAGUAUGAUGAUGUUGAACAGCUCACCAGUGACUUUCAGCUGUUAUUUAACAAUGCAAAAACAUAUUACAAGUCUGACAGUCCUGAGUACAGGGCAGCCUGUAAACUGUGGGACCUUUACCUGCGAACCAAGAAUGAAUUUGUUCAGCGAGGGGAGUAUGAUGAGGAUUAUGAAGAUGGUUAUGAGGCACAAGACAACCCCGGAGGAUCUACUGAGGAGGAGAGUGGACCUAUCUGCUUGAAAGACGUCUUUGAGCACCUCCUUGAUGCUGUGGUGUCUUACACUGAGCCUACUGGCCGUCUGGUCAGUGAGCUGUUCCAGAAGCUUCCCUCCAAAAUGCAAUACCCUGAUUAUUAUGCCAUCAUUAAGGAACCAAUAGAUCUGAAAAUCAUUGCUCAAAAGAUUCAGUUGGGUCACUACAGGAGUGUCGGUGCCAUGGCUAAGGACAUCGAUUUGCUGGUCAAGAAUGCCAAAACAUAUAAUGAGCCUGGAUCACAGGUGUUCAAGGACGCAAACACCAUUAAAAAGAUAUUUGCACAGAAGAAGUCUGAUUUGGAACAUGGAGAACCAAUCAAGUCCAGCAUUCGCAUCAGGUACAUGAGAAACAGCACUGGGACUACUGUGGAUGGAAGUAAUGUUUUGAAUUUUACUCAGUUCUCUUGUUCGGUCGCUGUCAGGAAUAGAAGGUCUGCCCAGGGAGACCGCCUCUCAGCUAUCACCAUGGCUCUUCAGUAUGAAAGUGACGAGGAAGGCAUACUGUCUGGGUCUGUUCACUAUGAUGAGGGGGAAUCUGAGGCAGAGAGUAUGACCUCUAACAUGGACAUGAGUAAUCCGAUCUUUCAGCUAUAUGAAGCUGUGCGAGGUGCCAGGAACAGUCAGGGCCAGCUGAUCUCUGAGCCUUUCCUGCAGCUGCCCUCCAGGAAGGACUACCCAGACUACUACCACCAGAUUAGCCAACCCAUCUGCCUCCAUCAGAUCAAGAACAAGAUGAAGAACAAUGAAUAUGAGAGCGCUGAGCAUAUUGACUCCGAUCUGACGCUGAUGUUUGAGAAUGCCAAACGCUACAAUGUACCUCACUCCUCCAUUUACAAGCGUGCAUUGAAACUCCAACACAUUCAGCAGAUGAAGAGAAAGGAGCUUUUACAGAGAGAUGACGAUGAUGGAGACAGCAUGCUCUCCUCUGCCACGUCUGACACCAGUAGUACAAAAAGAAAAAGUCACAAGAAGAACACAAAGAAAAACCGAAUGAAAGCUCUCCUAGCUGCUGUGACUGAGGCGCGAGAAGCUGUCACUGGUCGGAGACUGUGUGACCUCUUCAUGGUCAAACCCUCAAAGAAGGACUACCCUGACUAUUACAAGAUCAUCCUGGAACCAAUGGACCUCAGGACCAUUGAGCACAACAUCCGCUCAGACAAGUACAUGACUGAAGAUGCAAUGGUGGAAGAUAUGAAGCUGAUGUUCCGCAAUGCACGACACUACAAUGAGGAAGGCUCCCAGGUCUACAAUGAUGCCGACAUCCUAGAGAAGAUUAUGGAAGACAGACGCAAGGAUCUCGGGCCAGUGACCGAUGAUGAUGACCUGAUGUCCCCAAAGUUGAAAAUAAGAAAGACCAGUGUUACGCUGAAGAAGUCCAAGUAUCUAACGCCUUUACAGCAGAAGCUGAAUGAACUUUACGAGGCUGUCAAAAACUACACAGAUAAGCGGGGUCGUCGUCUAAGCACGAUCUUCCUGCGGCUUCCGUCUCGUGCUGAGCUGCCUGAUUACUACAUCGCCAUCAAGAAACCUGUGGACAUGGAAAAGAUCAAGAGCCAUAUGUUGGCUAAUAAGUACCAGGAUGUAGAUGCACUGGUGGAGGACUUGGUGCUAAUGUUCAACAAUGCCUGUACUUACAACGAACCCGAGUCUCUGAUUUACCGCGACGCUCUGAUUCUGCACAGGGUGCUUUUAGAAACAAGGCGUGACCUGGAGGGAGGAGAGGACGCCCAUGUACCUGACGUGCCCCGUCUCAUCCAGGAACUUAUCCGCAGCCUCUUUGUUUCUGUGCUCGGUCACCAAGACGAUGAGGGCCGUUGCUACAGUGAUUCACUCGCAGAGAUUCCCGCAAUAGAUCCUGCAAAUCCUGAGAAGCCACCACUCAAUUUUGAGAUUAUCAGGACCAAUGUAGACCGAGGGCGUUAUAAGAGAUUGGAUGUAUUUCAGGACCACAUGUUUGAAGUGCUAGAAAAGGCCAGACGAUUGAAUAGGACUGACUCUGAGAUCUUUGAAGACGCUGUAGAGCUGCAGCAGUUCUUUAUCCGGAUCAGAGAUGAGCUCUGUAAGAAUGGAGAGAUCUUGAUGUCUCCUGCUCUCAGCUAUACCUCCAAACAUCUGCAUAGUGAUGUGGAAAAAGAGAAGAAGGAGAAGCUACCCAAGGAGUUUGAAGAGGACAGAAUCAAGAGGGAAGAGGAGAAAAGGGAAGCGGAAAAGAGGGAGGACUCCAUUGGAGGAUCAUGGCAGUCUAACCUGCAGCGCACAUACAGUCAAGACUGCAGCUUCAAGGACAGCAUGUACCAUGUGGGGGACUACGUGUAUGUGGAGCCUGCAGAGCCCAACCUCCAGCCCCAUAUCAUCUACAUUGAACGCCUUUGGCAAGACGACACUGGUGAGAAGUGGCUGUACGGCUGCUGGUUCUAUAGACCAAAUGAAACAUUUCAUCUUGCCACAAGGAAGUUCUUGGAGAAGGAAGUCUUUAAGAGUGACUAUUACAACAAAGCUCCUGUCAGCAAGAUACUGGGCAAAUGUGUGGUCAUGUUUGUGAAGGAGUACUUCAAACUUCACCCAGAAGGCUUCAGAGCAGAGGAUGUCUAUGUCUGUGAAUCACGUUACUCGGCCAAGUCCAAGUCCUUUAAGAAGAUAAAGAUGUGGACCAUGCCCCUGAGCUCAGUUCGGUUUGUUCCCAGAGAGGUUCCCCUACCUGUUGUUCGUGUGGCGUCCAUGUUUGCCCCGAAACAAGAGGACAAAGCAGAGAUGGCCGAUGAAAGCAAAAUAACAGAUGGUAUUGCAGACAAGGAGAGGGAGGAUGUUUUAAUGGAUAUGACCAAUGGGGAGCCAGGGUGUCAGUACUAUGAGCAGCUCUGCUACAACAACCUGUGGCUCAAAGUGGGAGACUGUGUCUACAUUGCUUCUCAUGGACUAGUACGCCACAGAGUGGGGAGGCAUUCAUGCAGUUUCAUGAGAAAUACUUUCUUUUUAAAUGACCGUGGGAGACAUAUCCCCUCCUUCCCAUCAGUCAUGAGCACAGGAAGUCUACAGGAUAUUAUUGUAUGGAUUGAGAAAAUGUGGAUGCGAGAUGGAGCAGGCUACUUCUUUGGUCCCAUUUUCAUUCAUCCAGAAGAAACCGAGCAUGAGCCCACUAAGAUGUUCUACAAGAAGGAAGUGUUCCUUAGUAACCUGGAGGAGACCUGUCCCAUGACCUGCCUCAUAGGGAAGUGUGUGGUGUCAUCCUUCAAAGAUUACUUGUCGUGCCGGCCAACUGAAGUGCCUGAAGAGAACAUUCUGCUUUGUGAGAGUCGCUACAUUGACAGCGAGAAACAGAUGAAAAAGUUCAAGGGCCUUAAGCGCUUUUCACUCUCUGGAAAGGUGGUCGAGGACGAAAUCUACUAUUUUAGGAAGCUCAUAGUGCCCCAGAAGGAGCCAUCCCCUCUGCUGAACAGGAAAAUUGAGGAACUGGAGGCUAAGUUUGCUGACAUGACAGAUGAGGAGCUAGAGGAUCUUGGAGAUGAUGAUGGCGAGCUAGGGGACCAGUCUCUCCCUCAGAUGCAAUCUAACAUGUCUAGUGACAUGGAUAUCAUGCCGUAUACUCCUCCACAGUCCACACCAAAAUCCAUAAAGGGACUUUCAAAGAAGGAGGGCUCAAAGCGGAAGAUCAACAUGAGCGGCUACAUCCUGUUUAGCAGUGAGAUGCGAGCGGUUAUCAAAGCCCAGCACCCAGACUUCUCCUUUGGAGAGCUGAGCCGCCUUGUCGGCACAGAGUGGAGGAACCUGGAGAGUUCCAGGAAAGCAGAGUAUGAAGAGCGAGCAGCCAAAGUGGCUGAGCAGCAGGAGCGUGAGAGGGCCCAUCAUCAGACGUCCCCUAGAGCAGGUACCCCAGUAGGGGCACUGAUGGGGGUAGUCCCUCCUCCAACCCCCAUGGGGAUGCUAAAUCCCAGCAUGACGCCUGUGUCAGACAAUAUGAUGGGUGCAUAUAGGUCAGCUAUGAUGCCCCCGCAGGGCCAUGUUGAAGGCAUGGUUAGUAUGACUGGCAUACCACCACAUCACAUGGGGGUGCCUGUCUUUCCCCAACAUCUCCUGCCUGUUAUGCCUGGGUUCCCUGGAAUGCCAUACUUUGGUGUCAAUGGUAUGGGAGGUGGACCUGGAGCAGCAAACAUUCAUGGAUCCCAGAUGGGUUUGGUGGGUUCAGGGCAGCAGGCUCCACCACCAUAUCCAGGACAAGGCCAGAUAGGACAGCCUGCGUUCCAGCAGCCCUCCACCCCGGUGUUUGUGUCCCCACCAGCCAAGUCUCAGCGGCUGCUCCACUCUGAGGCGUACCUCAGAUACAUCGAGGGCCUUAAUGCAGAAUCCUCAACCAUUAGCAAGUGGGACCAAGCCCUCUCAGUUCAAAAACAAGAUGUUCGCCUAACUAAAGAGCAAGAGAGCAGACUACCAUCCCACUGGCUGAAGAGUAAAGGGGCCCACAAGACAAUGGCAGAUGCACUUUGGCGACUUCGUGACCUGAUGUUGCGAGACACCCUAAAUAUCCGUCAGACCCACAAUUUGUAGCAUGGUCAUAUUCUGAGCCUGUGUUCCCAAACCUGUGAGACAGGAAGAGGGUUAAGCUCACUAAAAGGGUUCACUUUGUGUUAAAAAUGUGUUUGUUUGUAUUCAAAAGAGAUGCUUUCAGCUUUGAAGCUGUUUUUGUUUUACAUCUUAGGUAUACUGUUCUAAGUGCAUUAUUGUUAAGCCUUCAUGCUUUCAUCAUUAAAAUGCAAAAAAAUCAA